AUGGCCUCGAAGCGCACAGUCUGGCUGCAAGCGCGCCCGAUCCCUUCCCAAUUCCAGCUCGAGCCACCCAGUCCUUACGCGGAGCCUCUAACACCUCCUCCAACCGCGACCUCCAGCUCAGCGUCCUACUUCCCGAAAUCCGUAGGCACCCCACCGUCACAAUACCAGUUUCCGACCGAGCAAUCGACACACCAAACGCUGGUCAGGGAUGGAAUACUAGUAGCAGAAAAGGCGCUGAAGAGUACCGGAGAGAACAGUGGAUUUCCCCACCACAACAGCCAAAAUGCGGACUGGAGCGCAACCCAGAGUCAGGUACAAGGUUCGCCGGUUGAUGCACUUCUCGCUGGUGCAGCAUCUCUUGCGUCCAGUCCUAGCUAUGCGCCGCCUCCGCGACACGCAUUGCAUGACCGCACUCCUCGUACGUCGCCCUGGCCGGCCCACGGACAAAUUUAUCACCAUGCAGCGUCCCAGCCCAAUGGUCACGGCGUCGAUGAGCGGCCUUCGAAGCGCGCCCGCUCAGAGUUUCUCCCAUCGCCACAGCAGUCCUCCGGUCACACCAGGCCUGCGACAAGCCAUGUGCCAACAAUGGGGUGGUCAUACAAUGUUGAACAAAUGGCGGACAACGGGUCGAGGAUGCAUCAAAGCCAUCGUCGCGCUGCAUCGUAUCAGCAUCAACACGCUGCACAAGAGAGAAGGAUAUCGCAAGCUGAUACGGACGCGGCAGAAGUGCUCCUGCUCUUGAAACAACAGCCAGUGCGUCCGGCCGCCAAGCCCCAGCCAGCCACAGCACCUACGGGAGAGUGUAUAGCCAGCAAUCCUACCAAUUCUGUAACACUAAGCGGUUCUUUGCAACAGGAGGGAGCUGCUGAACAUCCGAUACCAGGAACCGACAUGCCCCCAGAGUACAUUGCUCAACCUCCAGCAGAACCUGAUAUGCAACGGCUUACCGAGCACCACUCCACCGCAGAAGAGAGCACUCCAGCGCAUAGCAGCCACAAGCAAUCUGCAAUACCAGCCCUUCAGACCCACACACCGCCCGAGGAGACAAGGUAUGGAGAAACAGCAGAUGGUGUCCAAAUGGACACAGAGGAGCAACUGGAACCGAAGAGAGGCAAGGCGCAUCAAGGAUGGCCGAAGGGGAGGCCAAGAGGACCCCGAGCGAGAGCGCAGCAUGCGAAGCGUGCAAGCAAAAGCGGCAGCAAGGCCGCCGGGUCUGUGAGCACCUCAAUUUCGAACGAUGGAACCGAUCAGCUGCAGUCACCGCAAAGUCUACCCGCGGAUGCCGCGGGCCCACUUGUCGAGCAGCAAUCGCUGUUCGGGCGGGAAAGCGCAGACACCUACUUGCGUGAUGCGAAGCGGGAGUUGCUGUCCAGGAAGCGGCGCAAUUCAUCCACGCAAAUCGUUCCAUCCGGGACCAUUGUCCUUGCAGGCGAUAUUCCUAGGCCAAUGUCCGUCCCGCCAGAGAUGAUAGCGAUGGCCUCAAAGCCACAUCUGGCUGCCACAGACCCACCUUCACUGGUUCGAACAAAGCCCCAAAGACAUGCUGCGCAAGUCACAAUUUGCGCGGGGUGUAAUUCUGUGCCUGGCACUUCCACGGCCGAUGACCAACAAUGGAUAAGUUGUAACGGCUGCAAAGCUUGGUUCCACUGCGCAUGUGCUGGGUUUACAACUGAACGUGAAGUCAGGAGCAUUGCUAAGUUUUUUUGUGCCGACUGCAAACCCAAGCACGGUCCCACAACUUUCGUGCGACAGUCCUCACGGGCGCAUGUCGCUGUGGACUAUGGCGGUCUCAAUGAGGGUGUCUUGAGAACAUCCGAUGAUAUCCCUGAGCAUCAUUACAUUCAGCGCAUCAAAGAGAAUACGUUGGAAUACCUUCUUCCUGAGACGUUUCCUAGAACGCGCCCGGAACUUGCAAACGUGGAAAACUUCGAGCGGUCCGGUGGAUUCCUCGAGCCUGUCGUCAUACCCGCAUGCUGGAACCCUCGGCCUAGGGCGCCUGCCGCAGAAGAUGAAAAUGUACACGAGGCUGAGGAGUCUUUCGACUAUGUCGACGACAACUUCGAGUACGACUAUGUCCCGGAUGAUGGCCAAGAUAAGCUCGACAUGGUCAUACCUCACGGUCUAACGGUCCGUCGUGUAGCUGAAUUGUAUGGUCCUGACGAGAGGGUCGAAGUCAUCGAUGUCAAGUCCCAGGGCAGCUCGGACAAGCGGUGGAAUAUGAGGAAGUGGGCUGAUUACUACGAGCAAGAGGGCGAGAAGCCAGUGCGCAACGUCAUCAGCUUAGAGGUUUCGCGCAGCAAGCUCGGCAAACUAAUUAAGCGACCAAAGGUUGUCCGCGACCUCGACCUCCAGGAUGCAGUGUGGCCGGAAACGGAGGUCGCCAAAGGUAACGAGGCUCCAAAAGUUCAGUUCUAUUGUUUGAUGUCUGUGGCCGACUGCUACACUGAUUUCCACAUCGACUUCGGUGGAUCCUCAGUUUACUACCACAUCAUCAAAGGGAAGAAGACAUUCUUCUUCAUUCCACCAAAGAAGCACCAUCUGAAGAGGUACGAAGAGUGGUGCCUGUCCGCAGAUCAGAAUCACACAUGGCUUCCUCUUUGGACGAAGGAAUGUUUCAGGGUGGACCUGUCCGAGGGUGAUACCAUGCUGAUACCCUCUGGCUGGAUCCAUGCCGUCUGGACUCCGGAAAACAGCUUGGUGAUUGGUGGUAACUUCGUCACUCGAAUGCACUACUCGAUGCAAAUCAGCAUCAUGGAGAUUGAGAAGAACACCAAAGUCGCUAGGAAGUUCAGAUAUCCUUUCCUGCAGAAGAUUUUCUGGUACACGGUACUGCAGUAUCUCGAGCGCGAUCCACUACCGCCUACUGUCGUCCAGAAUUUCUACCUAGGAAAUGACUUUCCGCGCCCAGUGCAGACUUAUCACCAGUUCGAUAAGUUCGGCCACAACUCGGACCCUGGUCGUGAGAAUUACCACGCCCGCUACUACUCCAAAGCCGAACUUGAUGGGCUUCCUGAUCUGCUCGGCUACGUCUUCAGGACCGUUCUGAUCUCGCUUGGAAAGGUUGAAGGCAUUACGGUAGAAACCAAAAAUGCCGUCACUCGGUCGAUACCGAAAGGCAAAGGCGAUCCCCUUGACAUUGCUAAGACAUUUGCUAUGUGGGUAGCGUGGAAACGCGGUAACGAAGGAAUACCGGAAUGGGCGCAUCCUAAUGCAGUUCUGCCUACCACCAGCGAAGCAGCCGGCGAGAAGAAGCUGAGCGCUGCUGCGCUGAAGAAGCUUGAGAAGAAGGCCUUCAUGGAUGCGGUUCGGAUUGCACCUGAUCGCCAGUCCGCUCGUCAACGCUCAAAGGCGUCGGAAGCACCCGGUAUGAAUGGCUCGAACUCAGCUGAUGGGUCACCUCCUCCAAACUAUGUUGUCAAUGGUGAUUCUACGUACCUCAGUACUCCGAAGACGUCAGUUCUUGGCCCUAAGAGAAUUGCUUGCGAUGCUUGUAGAAGGAGGCGGAUUAGGUGCAAGCACAAGGAUGAUGUUACGAGCUCACCAGAUGGCGCUAACGGACAACCACCGGAGAGGCGCAAUUCUCUGGUGGCUGUAGUGAUACAGAAGAAGCCUUCGUUACUGAGCUCUGGCUCCAGCAUGUCCAAUACUCAGGACAGCAUUGACGCCCCUUCAGCUCAACAGCUUCCGGCUGCAGAUCGCCAACACCCCAUUUCAGCGAUGUUCAGCUCGGAUCUUCCUGACACACCUGAUGGAAAACGAGGAAGGCACAAGGCAUGUUUAGACUGUCGGAAAAGCAAGCGCCGCUGCAUACACGACGAAUACGGGAACAUUGACCCUGUCAAAGCAUCCGAACCGCCUGUCCCGAGAGGACCGGUCUCUGGCAAAAAGCGCCGCAUUACUGGGGAUGCAGACGGCGAGCAGGUGGUCAAGAAGGUGAAGAAGGCGUUAACAAACGAGGACAGCAUUGUCAACGGUUUCACCGCCCCCUCAUUGAAUGACUACCUCCGACUGAACGGCGGGCCGGCGAUGGGACCCUCAUUCCAGCCAAACAUGAUCAUGCCGUCGUAUGCGCCGACAGCCGAGCCUCAUCCCCAGGCCCAUGGUCCGGUGCCUGACAUGAGUAAUGACCAAAUGAUAGAAGAGGUCAUGGUGGCUAUGCCCUAUCCGGUUGAUCUACCAUAUGCGUUACAUGCGCCAAUCCCGGAUGGCGACACCCAGAUGCAUCCUGACUCGGUCGCUGACCAGGCGAUACCUCUUGACCCGGCACUUACUUUAGAGACAGAAAUUGCAGAAGACGUUCCAAUGGCGGAUGCGCUUGACAGCAUUCAAGCUGCGCAGCCGUCGCAAGAGCCGGAGAUGGUCGAUCCAGUACUCGUGCAGGAAAUCAUCAAAGGCGAGGACGACCAGCACUCAGCCGAAAUCCUUCCGGCAGACGACGUUCGUACAGUGGAUGAAAUUCCUGUAACGAACGAUACUCCUCCAGCAGACGAUAUCCGUCUAUCGGACAGUGCUCCUCGAGCAGACCACGCUCCUCCGGCAGACCAGGCUCUUCCACUGGACAAUGCUGUUCCAGCAGAUAAUCCAGCACCAGCUUCACCCUCGCCCGUUCCCCAGCCGCAGUCAACCGUCCCUUACGACGAACUCCCCGCACCAACCUCGCCCUUGACAGAUCUAAGCCGGCUGUCAAUGUCGCCCGACCUUGCUCGCGCCGAAGUCAUCCCCACCUUCGAGACCCCCAAGCUCGCGCGCCACUCGUCCCGACAGACCAAACCGAUCGAGCGCUUCUCUGCCUCCGCUAGCGAUCCCCCGCGUCGGCGCAGCACGACAAGCCGCACGCCUGCACCCACGCUGGGUGCCAAGAGUAACUCGCCGCAGGAGCGGCCAACGCCGUCGAAGCGCAGACAGUCAUUGGCAAAGGACUCACAGCAUCCACGGCAGGAUAGCAAAGGGGAGCCUAAGUCGAGAGCGCCCUCGCAGUCCCACUCGCAGGCGCAGCCGCAGGGGGAGACGGAGGAGGAUGCGAGUUUUAGAUUGGCGAGGGAGCUGGCGGGGUAUGAGUUUGGGCUGAGAAAUAGGGGUAGGUGA